AUGAAUAUUUUAUCAAAAUAUGAUAUUAAAUAUUAUGAAGAUCUGUUAUCUUCUAUUGAUCUGAAACAAAGAAACAAGGAUUUCACACCAUUUAAAGUAGAUUAUAAGUAUCCAAUACAGAAUACAAUUAGAUAUUGUAUUGCCAAAGAUAACAUUGAUUUAUUGGAUUUCAUCAAUUACUAUCUCAAUGAUAAUACUGUUUUGGAAGAAGCAAUCAAGCAAAAAAAUAAAGAAAUUUCUAAGAGAUAUGUUAGCGAAUUCACAAAAAGUGAUGCUGACAAAACAUUAUGCCUUAACCAAGCAGUAUUAUCAAACUUAAUUGAGAUAUUUAUAGAACUAUUACAGACAGUUGAUACAGUACCUUUUAAUACAUUGGUCCUUGCAAUUAGACUUCGAAGAGUUGAGAUGGUCAAAAUAAUCUCGCAACAUAAGCAUAAUAUAAUUCCUGGAAAUAUAUUACCAUUUACUAAUCCAUUGUUAUUCGAAAUCAUAUAUUACUACAAUGAAGAAAUUGUAGAAAUAUUGAAAAAUGAAAUCACAGAUUUUAAUAUAAAAAGUAAUACAGAUAGUGUAUUACAAUGA